CUUUUUCGUGCACUGUGUUUCCGGUCGGAGACAUGAGGAUGUAACCACGGCAUACAUGUUGUGUACACCAGGAAAACCCACGCUGAGAGAAGUUAGCAGCUUUCAGAAACGACACCAUGAAGAUCAAGAGACAGAAACAAGCAAAGAAAACCAUCAGCUUCUACAAGUACAACUUCAGCUUCCGGGAACCGUUCCAGAUCCUCUUUGACGGCACCUUCUGCCAGGCGGCCCUGAAGAACAAGAUCCAGAUCAAGGAGCAGAUGCCCAAGUACCUGAUGGGGGAAGUUCAGCUGUGCACCACCAACUGUGCAUUGAAAGAACUGGAGACCCUGGGGAAGGAGCUGUACGGAGCCAAACUCAUCCUGCAGAGGUAUCAGGUCAGGAACUGUGCACAUUUCAAGAGCCCAGUCCCUGCUUCAGAGUGUCUGCUGUCCAUGCUGGGGGAGACCAACCCACACCACUACUUUGUAGCCACACAGGACCACACUCUGACCGCAGGCCUGAAGAAGAUCUCGGGCUGUCCUCUGUUCUACAUCAUCUCCAACACCAUCGUCCUGGACAAGCCCAGCCAGGUGUCUCUCGAUCAGGUCCAGGCCGUCUCGCUGGGGGAGCUGGUGAGCCCGGCCCAGCAGCAGAGCAUCCGCAGCCUGAAAGAGGAGCAGGGCAUCGGCCAAGUGGACGGAGAGAGACGAGGGAAGAAGAGGAGGAGGAAACAGAGCCAUCCUAACCCUCUGAGCUGCCUGAAGAAGAAGAAGAAAGGAGGGCCGACACCGCCCCGGAAAAAGACGGAGGAGGGGGAGAAGAAGAGAAACCGACAGAAGAAGCAGAAGACGGAGGAAGUGCCAGCUCCUGCAAAAACAAAUACAUAAUGUGGCAGGAAGACAGACACUCAAGCCAUUUUGUUUCCUACCAAAAUAACAUUUGAAGAUGUUUAAUAUAAAACCAGAACAUCUGCUCUGUUGUUCUGAUGUCACCACAUUGAACAUGUUCAUGUUUAUAACACAAAAUGCCAUUUUAAAAUCUCAGUAUUUAUUUUAAUUUGAAAGGUUCUGCGACAGUUUCCAGGACUCAGACAGAAACAUAACAAUAUUUUCAAGAUCAGAGGAUUUGUCUCUGGCUUUUAUACAAAAUAUAAAAGCAGGUUUACAGGCACAUAGUUCAAGAUAGAAGCUGCACUCGGACAUUACAUGACGCACAGUUCACACGAGUGGAUUUUAAAAACCAUGCAUUCAGCCGUCUUUUGCAGAAGCACGAGGAAGAAGUGUGACAACAAUGACUUGUUGGUCUGCUUGUUAUUACGCUGUGUGAUUUGUUACUUCUGCUGGAUUCAGUCUGUAUCAAGAGUCCAAACAAUGACCCACAUUCUCAAUUUGUCAAUUCAGACCUCACUUGGUCAUGUUUACCCUUUCCAAGUUGAUUACUUAGUAGUUUUACUUAUAGAUUAAAAAACAAACUAUUCAUUCUCUAUAACUAUUGUAUAUUACAACAUUGAUUAUUGAGCAUGAGCAUUGAAUAGAUUAUCUACAUCAUGUCAAAGGUAACAGCUGAAUUGUUUUCUUUAUCAAGAUAAUACAACAUUACUGUAGAGCUGCUUUCAGACAGGCACUGAACUCCAGAUGUUUUCCUGACAUUUUCCAGAUGUGGAAACGCAAAUCAGUUGCUGCCAGCCCCUGGUAAAAUGUCUGAGUGGGCACAUGAGAAAGUGUCAGGACAUUAUCUGGAGUUCACGUGAAAACGAUAUGUCACCCACUUGUAACUAAAUGAUUUUCCAUUUAUAAAAGGGACACUGGAUUAAAUGAGUUUGUGUCAUUUCAAGAGUAAAAGAGCAAGACGGCAAUAAAAUGUAAUUUCUGCAG